UAUAGGAGACUUCCUGCGUGCAGCUAUGAGCUGACCCCAAGACUGCUUCAAUGCUAACAUGCUUGAUCCUAAUUUUGGGGGCAGUCAAAAUCUAAAUAGGGCAUCAAAUGUGGUUGACUGGAAGCUGCAGCAAACUCAUGCUUUGGAACGCAUCAAGCUCGCUUACGUCGUCCUUUCAAGCUCACCUCCUCUCCUUGCUCAGAGAAUGCAGGACUGUCAACCAUCUCAAGCAGAUCCAUUCCCUCCUCGUAACCUCUGGCCUCUCCCACGACGCCUCUUGCAAUGCCAGGAUCCUCCGACUCGCCGCCCUCUUCGUCCCCGGCGACAUCGCCUACGCUUCUCUUGUCUUCCACCAGACCGAAUCGCCUACGGUUUCGAUGUGGAACGCCAUGGUAAGGGGUCAUUCCCUGCGCUGCCACCAUGGCAGAGCCAUUGCCCAGUACACGCAAAUGCUCCGAGAAGGCGUGGUUCCUGACGAGCACACGUAUCCUUUGGUCCUCAAAGUCCUUCCCAAGCUUAGUGACAUCCGCCCGGAUCAAGUGCAUGCUCAGGUUCUCAAGUUUGGCUAUUGCGCUGACUCUUUCGUUCGGAAUUCCUUGGUUGCCGCUUAUGCUAAGUGCGGCGGCUUGGCGUCCGCUCGUAACCUGCUUGAUGGAAUCUCUGAUCGGGAUCCCGUUCCUUGGACAGCAAUGAUUCAGGGGUAUGUGGAGAAUGACCAAGCAUCUGAUGCUCUGGCCGUUUUCGACAAGAUGAGGACUUUGGGAGUUCACGUCGAUGAGGUUGCCAUUGUCAGUGUGCUCAAAGGUUGUGGCUUGCUGGGGAACGUUUGGCUUGGGAGGUGCGUCCAUGGCUUCUACGUGGCUUGUGGGAGGGUGAAGUGGGAUGUGUAUGUUGGGAGUGCACUGGUGGAUAUGUAUGCCAAGUGCGGCUGUUGCGACGAUGCUAGAGAACAGUUCGAUGAAAUGCCUCUUAGAAAUGUUGUCACUUGGAGCACUAUGAUCACAGGAUAUGUUCAAUGUGGUAGAUACAAGAGUGCUCUAUCCUUGUUCCGCGAUAUGCUCCUCGAAGGCCAAGCACCAAAUGAAGUCACGAUGGCCAGCAUCUUGACAUCCUGUGCACAGACGGGGGCUCUAGGUCAAGGCAGAUGGAUCCAUGGGUAUGUGAAUAGGAGCAAGCUGGAAUCGAGCACGGUUGUCGGGACGGCCCUCGUAGACAUGUACGCCAAAUGCGGAUGCAUAGAUGAAGCAGUCAUGGUGUUCAAUGGCAUGCUGCAAAAGGACGUCUACCCUUGGACAGCUCUAAUCAACGGGUUGGCGAUUCAUGGAUAUGCCUAUCAGUGUUUGGAUCUCUUCUCUCGGAUGGUCAAGGAUGGUGUGCAACCCAACGAGGUCACCUUCAUCGGUGUUCUCUCUGCAUGUUCUCACAGUGGCCUGGUGGAGCAAGGAAGAUAUCACUUCGGUUCUAUGUUCAAAGAUUACAGUAUCAGACCGAAGGUGGAGCAUUACGGUUGCAUGGUGGAUCUCUUAGGGCGAGCAGGGAUGUUGAAGGAAGCAAUGCUCGUGAUAGAAAGCAUGCCUAUGGAGCCGACCCCUGGAGUCUGGGGGGCUCUGCUGAACGCCUGCAUCAUCCAUGAAGAAUUCGAUUUAGGUGAACGAGUCGGAAAGCAUCUGAUCGAAAUGGAUCCCCGACACAGCGGCAGAUACGCACUCUUGGCUAACCUGUACUCUCUUUCGAAGAAGUGGGAUGAUGAUGCCAGUGUGAGGAUGACCAUGAAGGGACGAAGGGUGGAAAAGACCAGAGGGUCUAGUUGGACAGAAGUCAGCGGCAUCUUGACUGAAUUCUUCGCCAUGGAUGAGUCACAUCCAGAGACAGAGGCUAUAUAUGAAAUGUUAGACGGACUGACCAAGGUGAUGAAGCUCAACGGUAUAUGCCGUUAGUUGCGAUGGAUGUUGGCUGAUGGAGACUCCAAACAAGGGGUCAACCCUCAGAGAAGACAGAGCGCACAUCAACUUUAUGACGACUUAAGCCCGAAGAAGGGGGCCCAAAAUCCGACAGCUCAGUAACUAGAGGUACGGAGGAUCCGCGGAUCGCUCAUCAAAUCCGACCACCAAACACGUCGGUCGGCCCUUGAAAUCGAUCUGUUCUUCUCACCACGUGCCUUGACACCCACGUGGACAGCAGCUCAACAUUGGAUUCGCACUGAACAGCCACGUGCUUCUGAGACCCCCCAUCCAGAGGGGAUAAGUUCUACCGCGGCACUGUUUUGGAUUUUAGGUAAAUUUAAUCGAGAGUUUUUUCACCAUUUAAUACAUUUAAAAUUUAACAGAAACAGUAUAUGUUGCGUAAAAUUGUGAUUGGCAAUAU